AUGGCCAAACCUUUCGUGCUCUCUCUUUGCUUACUGCUCUUCACGAGCACCUGCUUAGCUCGGUCCUUUGAUUGGUCCGACCGGUUUAGUCAAUGCCAGCUUGACAGAAUUAACGUGUUGGAGCCUGACAACCGCGUUGAGUCUGAAGCUGGCUUGAUUGAGACAUGGAGCCCCAGCCAGAGCCCCGAGCUACAAUGCGCCGGGGUGUCUGUUGUCCGACGCACUAUCCAACCCAAAGGACUCCACUUGCCAUCCUUCACUCCUUCUCCACAGCUGAUUAUGAUCGUCCAAGGAAGGGGUGCUUUAGGAAUUGCAAUUCCUGGGUGUCCUGAGACGUAUGAAGAGCCACAAUCACAAUCAAGACAAGGAAGAAGGGGAGGAAGCUCACGGCAGCAAAGAGACAGGCACCAGAAGAUUCGUCACUUCAGUCCCGGUGAUAUCAUUGCCAUUCCACCUGGAAUCCCUUACUGGACUUACAACUACGGCAAUGAACCUGCCAUUGCCAUCAGUCUCAUUGACACCUCCAACUUUGCAAACCAGCUUGAUCAAACCCCAAGAGUGUUUUAUCUUGCCGGAAAUCCAGCGAUAGAGCACCCAGAGACCCAGCAGAGCCAGAGGCAACCACGCCGUGAGUCCCCCGGUGGACGCAGGCAUGGCCAGCACCACCAGGAGUCUGAGCAGGAGGAGGAAGAAGGUGGCAGUAUCCUCAGCGGCUUCGGCGCAGAGUUUUUGCAACAAGUUUUCAACAUCGACCAUGACACCGCAAAGCAACUCCAAUCCUCAGAUGAUCAGAGGAGGCAAAUUGUGAAGGUGGAGGGCGAUGAUCUCAGCUUUAUUAGCCCCGAAAGUGCAGACGAAGACGAAGAUGAAGAAGAUGAAGAUGAAGAUCAAGAGCAACAUGGACGCCACUCACGUCCCUCCGGACGAAGAACUAGAAGACCCAGCAGGGAGGAGGACGAAGAUGAGGAUGAAGAUGAAGAAGAGAGACAAGGAGGAGGACGUGGACGUGGAGAAAGACAAAGACAUUUCGAGAGGGAAGAAGAAGAAGAGCGUGAAGAACGUGGACCACGAGGACGAGGAAAGCAUUGGCAGAGGGAAGAAGAAGAGGAAGAAGAAGAAUCACGCCGGACAAUUCCAUCUAGGAGAGAGAGCAGGGGAAGGGGAGGAUGCAGAACUAGCAAUGGUCUUGAGGAAAACUUCUGCACCUUGAAGAUUCACGAGAACAUCAACCGCCCUUCACGCGCCGAUCUCUACAAUCCACGCGCCGGUCGCAUCAGUGACAUCAACAGCCUCACCCUCCCAAUCCUCCGCUUUUUAGGUCUCAGUGCUGAAUACGUAAAUCUCUACCAGAAUGGAAUCUAUGGUCCACACUGGAACAUCAAUGCAAACAGCAUCAUUUACGUGGUGAGAGGCCGAGGAAGGGUUCGCAUAGUGAACUGCCAGGGGCAAGCAGUGUUCAAUGACGAGCUCAGGAAGGGACAAUUGCUGGUGGUGCCACAGAACUUCGUGGUGGCGCAACAAGCACAAGAUGAAGGAUUCGAGUAUGUGGUGUUCAAGACCAAUGCUAGAGCUGCCGUGAGCCAUGUCAAGCAGGUGUUCAGGGCCACCCCUGCCGAGGUUCUCUCCAACGCCUUCGGUAUUCGCCAGCGUGAUAUCAGUGAUCUCAAGUUCAGCGGAAACUGGGGCCCUCUGGUCAACCCUGACAAUACCCAAUCUCGAUCACGAGACAGUGUCAUUGCUAAGGUUGCAUGAAAGUUAAAAUCGAGGAUGUAAUAAUGUUACCGAGAUGAGAUGGCUAGCCAUCUUAGAAUAAUAAAAAAAUAAGUUCCGGCUCUAGUUGUAACUUGUAACACCUUCGGUUCCACUUGUUUUUGAAUAAUAAAAGCAAAUAUGGCUUUAUGUACCGUUUUCUCUA